AACCUCAGGAAGUCGCGUUUCUUCAAUGGUUUCUCUCUCGACAAAACCCCGCUGAGAGAAACACAGAAAAUGAAGUGUAAAGUGUAGACGAACAAGCUAAAACAGGGGAUGAUAACAAAUUAAUCGUUGAAAAGAGUGCAGAAAUGGCCGCUCGCAUUGCCGCCUCCAAACCCCUCUCCUCCUUCCUUUUCUCUUCUAAAGUGAACCCAUUUUCCCCGGCCUACUUCUCCACAAACUUUGUUGGUGAAUCCCCAAUUCUUGCUAGGGAUUUUAUUCGUGCGGCUUUGUAUGAUCCGGAACAUGGGUAUUUUUCUCAAAGAUCGGGCUCAGUUGGAGUGCUUGAUCGAAGCAUUAAGUUCAAUCAGCUCGACGGCCGGAAAGCUUACACGAAGCAUGUGAAUGCUAUCUACAAGCAGAGCGAUAUAUCAUGGUUUACUCCAGUGGAGCUUUUUAAGCCUUGGUAUGCCCAUGGAAUAGCUGAAGCAAUUCUGCGGACUACUAAUCUCUCUGUUCCACUAAAGAUAUAUGAGAUUGGAGGCGGAUCAGGAACCUGUGCGAGGGGUGUGAUGGAUUACAUAAAAGUGAAUGCUCCUUCAAGAAUUUAUGAUAGUAUGCAGUACAUUUCAGUAGAAAUUAGUCCUUCGCUGGCCAAAAAGCAACUUGAAACUGUUGGAGAAGUCAGUAGCCACUCGAAAAAGUUCAGGGUAGAAUGUCGAGAUGCUGCUGAUCCAAGUGGAUGGGGUUGUGAGCAACAACCUUGUUGGGUCAUAAUGUUGGAGGUGCUUGAUAAUCUUCCGCACGAUCUCAUCUAUUCUAAGGAUCAAGUCUCACCUUGGAUGGAAGUUUGGGUUGAAAAGAGACAUGACAAGGGAGAACUCUCUGAGUUGUAUAAGCCUUUGGAAGAUCCACUAAUUGAAAGUUGCAUGGAGAUCCUUGAUUUGGCAAAAGAUGGUAAAACUCGUGGAAGCAGGAUCAGUUCAAUGGCUAAAAGUUAUUGGGCUAAAGUUUUCCCGAGGCCUCGCAGAUGCUGGCUACCAACCGGUUGUUUAAAACUCCUACAAGUUCUACAUGGUGCUUUACCAAAGAUGUCCUUAAUCGCAUCUGAUUUCACUUACCUUCCUGAUGUAACAAUACCCGGUGAACGUGCCCCUCUCGUUGCCAGCAAGAAAGAUGGCACUAGCUCAGAUCAUAACAGUUAUCUGGAUGCCAAGGGCGAUGCUGAUAUAUUUUUUCCGACGGACUUUUGCCUGCUGGAAAAUAUUGAUCACUAUUGCUCCGGAUGGUUGAAGCCAAGUGAAGCUAAACCUUUGAAGAAAGGAAAGAAGAGGCGGACUCUUAUGCUUGACACGUCAUCUUUUAUGGAAGAAUUCGGCAUUCCUUCCAAGACGAGAACCAAAGAUGGUUACAAUCCGAUGCUGGAUGAUUUCAAGAACACUAAGUUCUACCUGAGCGUUCCAACACAUAACACCAAGUAGACUGAUGGGAUCUGUGAAACGACUUCCAUUUGUUUUGAUGGAACCACAGGCUUCAACCAUUUGGAGAGAACAUUUAAUUGUUACCAUAAAUUUACAAGGAAAAAAAGAAAAAAAAUCUUGAGCUGAAUUCUGGCAAAGUUUUGCAGAUCACGAGAGUGGUCUGAACCACGAAUUCUUGAAGCAUAACUUAGUGCUUGAGCUGCUUUAGAUUGAUAUGAACAUUCUUUUUCCACAUUCAAAGAGUAAUAGGCGGCUGAUAUAUAUUGGUACAGAUUUUCAUGAAUGGAAAGAGUUUUUUAUUUUUUA